AUGUUCGGGGGUAGAUCAACGUCUGGAUUUGGAGGGUUUGGUGCUGCCACUGGUGGUACUACAUCUCCGUUUUCCUCCAACAACAACAAUAACAAUAAUAAUGCCACUUCUCCGUUUGGUAACACCAACACAGCCGGUACAGGAGCUGCAACUGGCACUGGAACAGGUGGAAUCUUUGGGAACGCUGGAACUAACAGUGCGUUUGGCGGUGGUGCCUUUGGUGCCUCCACCAACACAAACACUGGAACUUCUCCAUUUGGAGCUUCUACCGGUGGAGCCACUGGGGCCACUCAAGGUGGGCUAUUUGGAUCGAGCAAUAAUACCGGAAGUGCAUUUGGUGCUCCUGCCACCUCAACCUUUGGUUCUGCUGGUGGUGCUGGAGCUUCUAACGGUGGUGGACUCUUUGGAGCCUCCAAUGCAAACAAGUCGGUGUUUGGUGGAAGUACAGGAGCAUUCGGUACCCCCACCAACAACAACACUGCCACCUCGCCAUUUGGAGCUGCUUCUGGCUCAGCCUUUGGGGCUGGAGCUGGUGCCGCGGGUGCUGGAGUCAAUAAUGGAACUGCCACGGUUCCAUUUACCCCUUUUGCAGACAAAGAAGCAAAUGGAACUACAAAUUAUUUCCAAAACAUCUCUGCCCAACCUGAAUAUAGAAACUUUUCCUUCGAAGAGUUGAGAUUGCAAGACUAUGAACAAAAUAGAAGAUAUGGUAAUGGUGUUGCUCCUGGUGGUGCCGCCACCGGUGGGGCCUUUGGGAAUAACGUCGGAGCAACCAACACUGGUUUUGGAUUUGGAGGUGCUGCUGCCAACAAUACUGGUGGUGCCUUUGGUGCCACUGGUACUUCCCCAUUUGGAGGUGCUGCCAACAACAACAAUGCUGGUGGUGCGUUUGGCUCUACUGCCACUGGCACUUCUCCAUUUGGAGGUGCUGCCACAAACUCUGCAUUUGGAGGUGCCAAUAAUAACACCGCCGGUGCCUUUGGACGUACUGCAUCUCCAUUUGGAGGUGCUUCUGCCAAUACCAAUACUGGUGGUGCAUUUGGUGCUGCAAACAACACUGGCGGUGCAUUUGGUGGUGGGUCUAGUGCGUUUGGCGCCCCAAAGACUUCUGCCUUUGGUGCCACCAAUACCGGUACCAAUUCUGUAUUUGGAGGAGGUAAUACCGGUGGUGGAUUGUUCGGUGCCAACAACAAUAACAACACCAACUCUGCUUUUGGUAGUAACACCAAUAGUGCAUUUGGAGCUGCUAAUAAUAAUAAUAACAGCUCACCUUUUGGAGGUGCCUCUACUUCAAACAACAUGUUUGGAGGUGCCAACAAUAAUAACACGGGUGGUGCAUUUGGUGCCAGUAACAAUAAUAACACUGGUGGUGGGUUAUUUGGAGCAAACAAUAACAACAACAAUGCUUCACCAUUUGGUGCUGCCAAUAACAACAACAAUGCUGCUGGUGGUACAGGUUUUGGUGGUGGUAAUUCGAUGUUUGGAGGUGCAAACAAUAACCAACAGUCAGGAGGUAUGUUUGGAGCCAAUAAGCCAGCCACUACUGGAGGUUUAUUUGGUGCCAAUAACCAACAACAACAACAACUGGGAGGUAUGUUUGGUGCCAAUAAUGGCCAACAAAGUGGAGGACUCUUUGGAGCACAAAAUAACAAUACUCAACAAGGAGGAGGGUUGUUUGGUGCCAAUAAGCCUGCCACCACUGGUGGGUUAUUUGGAGCACAAAACAAUAACCAACAGCAACAACAACUGGGUGGUAUGUUCGGGGGUGCGCAAAAUACUACCGGCCAACAAGCUGGUGGCCUCUUUGGAGCCAACAAACCUGCUACAGGAGGAUUGUUUGGAGGUGGUGCUCAAACCAACACUAUUGGAGGUGGAAAUGCAUUUGGAAGCACUGGUCAAAACAAUUCUGGUGGAAUGUUUGGCGGUGCUAAACCUGCUGGUACCACCGGUGGGUUAUUUGGAGGUGGAAACACAACCAACAAUGCAGCUUCUGGAACUACUGGAGGAUUAUUUGGAGGUGGUAACAACUUGGGUAACAAUAAUAACAAUAACAACUUUGGCACUGGUAACACUUCUGGUGGGUUAUUUGGAGGUAACAACAAUAACUCUACUACUAGUGGGGGUUUGUUUGGAGGUAACAAUAAUAACACCGGUGCUACUGGGGGGUUAUUUGGAAACAAGGCACCAACCAAUGGUACUACUGGAGGACUUUUUGGUGGUAACAAUAACAACCUCAACAACAAUCUCAAUAAUACUAAUAAUAACAACAACAAUAAUAACAAUGCUACUGGUGGAUUAUUUGGUGGAGCAACUGCACAACAAAACCAACCUCUGCCAAUGGCCAACAUCAAUGCACAAAAUCCAUAUGGAGACAAUGCUUUGUUUUCUAGUUUGUCAAAUGGUCAACAAGGUAACCAAGGGCCAAUGGCAACUCGUUUGGGAUCUAACAAGACUCACAAAAAGCCAGUCACUUUGUCUUCAGCAUACAGAGUUACUCCAUUGUUUAGACCAAGUGCCGUGGCACAACCUGUACAACCAGAUGUUUCUGCUCCAAUUGAAUCGAGUGUAAUCAAUACCAUUGCUCCAUCUUCAGAGAGUGUCUUUACCAAUGCCACCGAUAGAGCAAUCUUUUCAUCAGAUAUUUUCGCUCCAAAGGUUGACUUUAAGAAACUUGUAUUGAACAGAAAUAAGAAUUCUGAAUCAACACAAUUGAUUUCUCAACGAUCUGAUGUAACAAAUGGUACCAAGAGAGUAUCAUUUAUCGUUGAUAAACGUUCACCUUCACCUUCUGAAAUCAGUGCUACUGUCUCACCUACACCAGAGAUUGAAGAAGAAAAACCUACUGCUUCUAAUACAUUUGGAAAGAUUAGUGACGUUAUAAAAUAUGAUGAAGAUGGUUAUUGGACAUCCCCAUCUAUUGAAGAAUUGAAAUCCAAGCCAAUUUCAGAAUUACGUAGUGUUGAAAAUUUCACAGUUGGCCGUAAACAUUAUGGUAAUAUCAAAUUUUUGAAGCCAGUUGACUUGACUAGUUUUAUUAACUUGGAUGAUAUUGCUGGUAAUAUUGUUACCUUUGGAUCAAGAACAUGUUUGGUAUAUCCAGAUGAAACUCUUAAACCAAAGGAAGGGGAAGGGUUGAACUUACCUGCCAAGAUUACUUUGGAAGGAUGUUUCCCAAUUAAUAAGAAGGAUAAGCUUCCUGUUUUAGAUCCAAACAGUGAAGUUGUGAAAAUUCAUAUUGAAAGACUUAAGAAGACACCUGAAGUGGAAUUUAGACUGUACGAUCCACCUACAGGAAAUUGGACUUUCUCUGUGAAACGUAUGUCAUGA